UAUUUAGUAGUUUGGAGCUAGUAGCGGUUUCGUUAUCAUUCGAAAUAGGUUCAAAAUUAUUUCUUCUUUCGUAGUAGGCCUGUUUAUCGGUUUCAUUAAUCAAGGGUUGGCUAUCUCUGUUCCGCAGUGGUCUCUUUCCAAAAGCCGUUAUUUCCGAUAAAGUAUUACAGUCUGUUUCAAUUUCUUUUUCGUUACCAGUAGUUUCAUUUGAGCAAUCCGACUGUUCACAAUGCUUUUUGAUGCGCGUACGUUUUCGAUUUCUUAUACGCGAACAUCGGUAACUCGCGUGUGAUGUGUGAUUGUUGUUCUUUUCAUGAAAAAUGUAUUCUCUUUCCCGUACUCUAUUUGGAGUAUUUUCUUUAAAACGAAAACUAACAGAGAGCAGAUUUUUAUUUUAUUUAAACAAAAGGAUGUGCAGGCUGCUUGAGUCAAGCUCCACUCAACAUGUCUCGAACACAAAAAAACUACAAAUACACUUUUUUGGGGCUUAGGAGUUUGAAAUUUACAGAACACCCAGCUGGAGAGGAGGUGAUGGAUGGGGAAAGUGGAGAGAAAACAGAAUGGAGGGGAAACAGUGUAGAAAAAAUCAAGCCGGAAGAAGUGACAUUGCAGAAAAAAGAAUUUCGUGAAAAUUGUAAUGUUGAACAACCAAUUAAACAAGAAAAUGUGGAGAAUGAAGAAAAGAGAGAAUAUGUCAGUGCAGUUGAGGAAGAGGAGACAAGAGCUGAAUCAGUAAGAGUGAAGGAAGAAAUUAAGGAUGAGGAGUUGAUCAUAAAGGAUGAAGAAGUUGACUAUGAAGAGGAGACAGAAGGUGAGGGAGAUGACAACAGUGCAAGGGCAAUUGAAGAGAAUGCUAUCAUUGGAGAAGAAGGGAAGUCACAUGAUCCAAUAGCAGAUGGAAAUCUUGAGACUUGCCAUGAAGAUGGUAUUAGAGUGAAAAUAGAACAUGAUGCAGAAUUUCAUGAAGAGUUGAUAAUAAAAAAUGAAGAGUUUGAUGAUAAGUGGGACUACAUAGAAAAUGGGGAGGAAGAUGGAGAAGUGGGAGAAGAAGAAGAAUAUGAUGAUGAUGAUGAUGAUGACGUUGUUGAUCCAGUGCUAGAAGAGCAAAUAGAUGUCUGCAGGGGUGUGAGGACUUAUAAAUGUUCAGUUUGUAAUAAAGCACUCUUUUCUGAAGAAGAUUUGAAUUUACAUGAGAGAAUCCACUCUGAUAAAAAACCCCAUAAAUGUUUGGUCUGCACUAAAACAUUAUCUUGCAAAUGGAGUUUGAAAAGACAUGAGAGAAUCCACUCCGGGGAAAAACCCUUUGAAUGUUCAAUUUGUAAUAAAAGGUUCAUUAUAAAGACUAACUUGAAUGCACAUGAGAGAAUCCACUCCGGGGAAAAACCCUUUGAAUGUUCAAUUUGUAAUAAAAGGUUCAUUACAAAGGCUAACUUGAAUGCACAUGAGAGAAUUCACUCCGGGGAAAACCCUUUGAAUGUUCAAUUUGUAAUAAAACGUACAUUACAAAGACUUACUUGAAUGCACAUGAGAGAAUCCACUCUGGGGAAAAACCCUUUGAAUGUUCAAUUUGUAAUAAAAGGUUCACUAUAAAG